ACGACGGGCGCGACGCAUCACCACAAGCGCCGUCCCUCGAUGAAGGACAAGGUCUCGGGCGCUAUUCUGAAGCUCAAGGGCACCGUCACCGGCAAGCCUGGUCAGAAGGCUGCUGGCACUAGGCGCAUGCAUGGUACCGACGGUAGGGGAAGCCGUCACCGC